AUGUCCUGGGGCCCACAUAAGGAUGUGUUUAAGUUUCUCUGCAGAUUUGCAAGUCCCGACGUAGUCCCGACCAAGCGAGAAGUUCUGCAAGUCCUUAUGUCGAUCUUCGAUCCAUUAGGAUUCUUGUCGUGCCACACGAUUGGGCUGAAAAUACUUCUCCAGCGUAUAUGGCGGCUAAAUAUCGACUGGGAUCAGGAGCUGCCCGAGAAGAUUCUGGAAGACUGGCGCCUUUGGAAAACUCUUUUAGGGCAGAUCAGGAUUUUCGAGGUGCCUAGAUGCUUCUCCCCAGACACAUCAGAUCCACGUCAAACGGAGCUCCACACAUUCGUCGACGCCAGCGAGUAUGCGUAUUCUGCUGACUGCUACUUGCGUGUAGCAAUGGAUUCCAAAGUCGACGUCUCUUUGGUGAUAGCGAUGUCGAAGGUGGCACCUUUAAAACCACUCUCGAUUCCGCGUAUGGAGCUGCAGGCAGCAGUUAUGGGAGCACGCUUAGCCCACAAGGUGAUGAGCACGCGCAACCUGCGAAUCGACAACGCCACAUACUGGUCAGAUUCAAAGACAGUACUGCAGUGGCUAACUAUGGACCCCCGUAACUUUCAUCAGUUCGUGAUGCACAGAGUCGCCGAAAUCCUGGAAACAACGCAAGUCGAGCAAUGGCGGUGGGUACCCUCGAAGCUGAACGUAGCAGACGGAGCUACAAAGAUCACCGACCAAACCCAGCAGAAGACGUGGAUAAUGGGCCCUGGGUUCCUAAAAGCUGAAUCCAGCCAUUGGCCAACAUCGACAAAGCAGGAGAGCAUCAUCGAUACUUCAGAAAUACGGAAGCAUGUGAUGACAACGUGUGCGAGAUCAGCGGUUAUGUUCAAUGCGCACCAUUUUUUGAGCUGGCGGCGGUUGUAUAGAGCAGUGGCGAUAAUAUUCCUGUUCGUCGAUCGGUUACGAGCGAAAUGCGCCAAGCAAGACAUGCCAACAGCCACGACGAUGGACCAUGUGAGGAAAGCGAAAAUACUACUUUAUAAGCAAUCCCAAGCCAUCGCCUUCGCCGAAGAGUUGAAAGUGUUAUCCGUGGGAGCGACGCUGCACAAAGGAAACAGAUUGGUCGGAUUGAACGCAUAUGUAGACAACGAUGGAGUACUGCGGACUAGAGGCAGACUGAACUCAAUUGACAUAGCUGAAGACGCAAUUAUACUAGCUCCAGGAUGCCGGAUAACUAACCUAAUAGCGAGGAGCUUUCACGAGAAGUACCAUCAUCUUGCCCACGAGACUGCAAUAAACGACAUCAAGGCUUCGUUUUACAUCAGCCGCCUCCGAGUGUUGUAUAAAUCCGUGCGGAGUACAUCCCAACGAUGCAAGGUUGACAGUGCAGCUCCCAGACCACCCCAGAUGGCACCGAUUCCGAGAGCGAGAAUAGGAAGCUUCCAGAGACCGUUUACUUACACAGGCGACGAUUAUUUUGGCCCGUUAUUGGUGAACGUCGGCAGGCGCAAGGAGAAGAGAUGGGUAGCUCUGUUCACCUGCCUCACGUUGCGCGCGGUGCAUUUCGAGAUCGCCUAUAGUCUUGACACAAGUUCAUGCAUCAUGUGCCUCUCCAAUUUUAUGGCGCUUCGAGGGACUCCAAAGGAAAUAUUGUCAGACAAUGGUACGAACUUCAGAGCCACGGAAAAAGCCGUGCCCGAAGAGCUGAAAAAGAUCGAGCACGAUAAGAUCACCAUUAAGUUCGAUGGCAUAAAGUGGCGAUUCAACCCACCAGGAGCACAACACAUGGGUGGAGCAUGGGAAAGACUUGUCCGUACAACAAAAGGAAUUCUGAAAAACAUUUGCCCAAAUUACUCCUUCAACGACGAGGGCCUGAGAAAUGCAUUGAUGGAGGCACAAUUUAUCAUCAACUCGCGACCGCUCAUGUUCGUAAGUCUGGAAACUGAGGAUGACGCCGCUUUGACCCCGAACCACCUGCUGUUGGGGUCAGUGAAUGGAUACAAGCCACUGCCAAAAGAAGGGAUGAAUCUGCAGCGUAGAUGGAUUGAGACUCAGCGCUUCGGGGACCGUUUUUGGCAGCGAUGGAUUAAAGAGUAUGCGCCCGUAUUAACCAGGCGCACCAAAUGGUUCGAGAAGGUACCUCCCAUAACCAUUGGGAGCAUCGUAGUCAUCGUAGAUGAGCUUCUACCCAGGAACUUGUGGUUAAAGGGACGAGUGAUCGACACAAUGAUGGCCAAGGAUGGACAAGUUCGACGAGUGACUAUAAAGACCCAGCACGGCGUUUUGGAAAGACCAGCAACGAAGAUAGCGGUUUUGGACAUCGGCUUGGAGGAUGGUAACUGA